AUGACCGGCAGUGUAUUUACCUCAGAGAACUAUCUCAUCUAUCUUCAAGACAGGAUGGAGAGCUACUUGCAGUCAUAUGCAUCCCUCUGCGGCCUUGCACUUAUUGUUGCAGGGUGGCUGGUGCACUGGGUGUACAAGUGGAACAAUCCUCCGUGCAACAUUGGGAGGCUUCCUCCUGGAUCCAUGGGCUUCCCUCUCGUUGGCGAGUCCUUACAGUUCACGAGGCCAAGCCUUUCUCUCGACAUCUCAGGCUUCUACAAGCAAAGGCUGAAAAGGUACGGCACGUUGUUCAAGACGAACCUGGUUGGACACCCGGUGGUGGUGUCCAUGGACGCGGACGUGAACCGCUUCAUCUUCCAGCAGGAAGGCAAGCUGUUCCGGAGCUGGUACCCGGACACGGCCAACAGCAUCUUCGGAAAGGACAGCAUGGCCAACUGCGACGGCUCCGUCCACAAGUACGUCCGCAGCUUCGCGGCCAGGCUCUUCGGCCCCGACAGCCUCCGGGACGUGCUCCUCGCUGAGAUAGGGCGCAGCGUGACGCAGAACCUUGCUGCAUGGGCCGCGGAGCCUGUCAUCGAGGUCAAGGACGCCAUGGCCACGAUGAUAUUUGACCACACGGCCAAGAAGCUUGUUGGUUUUGGCCCCGAAAAGUCAAGGAAACUUAGGAAGAACUUUGAUGCCUUCUUCCAGGGAAUGGUUUCCUUCCCGCUGUAUUUUCCUGGGACAACAUUCUACGGAUGUAUACAGGGAAGGAAAAACGUGCAAAAGGUACUCACGGACCUACUAAAAGAAAGGCUCAGUACACCUCAGAAGCGACACGGUGACUUCCUCGAUGAGGUGGUCGACGAGCUACAAAGUGGGACGGGAAUGAUGAGCGAGAAAUUUGCUGUAGAUUUCGUUGCCGCCCUCCUGUUCGCCGCCUUUGCAACAGUCUCGUCAACGCUCGCGAUCGGCAUGAAGUUUCUCAGGGCAUCUCCAGCCGUUCUACAAGUCACAUGGGACGAAUACAAGUCCAUGACAUUCAGUGCUCAGGUCACGAAUGAGAUAGUUCGCCUCGGUAGCGUGGCCCCUGGAAUAUUCAGGAAAACACUAGCAGACGUGCAAGUGAAAGGCUACACGAUCCCCGCUGGUUGGCUCGUGAUGAUCAGCCCCAUGGCUAUCCAUCUGAACCCAGAAUUCUAUGAAGAUCCCCUGACCUUUAAUCCAUGGAGGUGGCAGGAUGAGUCCAGGAAGAGCAUUCUACUCAAGAACUUCGCGCCAUACGGAGGUGGGGUAAGGCACUGCCUGGGAGCAGAGUUCAGCAAGGUUCAGAUCGCGGUCUUCCUCCAUACCUUGGUGACAAACUACCGAUGGAAGGAGAUAAAAGGCGGCGAAGUGCAGCGCAUAACGAAGAUCGUGUUUCCAAAGAGAUACCACAUCCAGAUACUCCCUCCUUUCAAAGGUGUGUGA